GCUCACGGAAGACUUUGGUGUUAUUGGCUUCGCCCCCUUUCCACUCGUGUCGUGGACCAGGCCAGCAGAGUAGCCAUGCAGCACCGCCAUCCUGUUGCUCUGAGGCCAGUGGGCCAGCCCUGAGGAGGGGAAACGCUGCUGCUGCUGCUUCUGCUGCUGCUGCUCAGGCUUCAGUCGGCUGGGUGAGGCUGAGGCGGCUCGAGGAUGCAGCAAGGGAGCUGAGGAGGAGACUCCUGAGCCUACAGCCCCCGACACACACAUCCAGAGCUGCUGCUGCUGCGCACUGCCCUCCAUCAGGGGGGACUCUCUAGUCGGCCUGGACCAUGAGCAAUGAGUCUACCGUCUGGAACAUCCUACCAGAAAACUCCACAGAGAUCCCGUUCGAAGCCGAGGAGCAGCAGGAUGGCUACGUGCUCCUCCUGGUGAUCCUCUCCAUCUUCUUGGUAGGGACGCUGAUCUUCAUCUCCGUCUUCCUCAUCGCUUGCCGUCGCAGCUGUCGAGGAGGGCAAUGCUGUGCAAGGGCCAGCGAUGACCCUGAGAAAACCAACACCACCUACAUGGAGGAGUCUCAGCCCACCCACGACAUCACCAUCAGGGUGGAUGAGUCAGACUGCCUGUCCAUGGCCAGCUCUCACGACCAAGAGACGGAGCGUUUCCUCUCCACAGGCCCCACGGGUCGUCGUGUCUCCUUCAAUGAGGCUGCGCUCUUCGAUCACGGCAAGAAGACCCAGGAGAAGGGGCGCAGGUACACUCUGACCGAGGGCGACUUCCACCACCUGAAGAACGCCCGGCUGACUCACCUCCACAUAACCCCACCGGCCCUCAAGAUAGUCACCAUCCAUGAGUGUGACUCGGCCGAGAACACCAUCACCGCGACGACGCGCCCCGUCGCUAAGUCAGCGCUUUCCAUCUUCCAGCCGAUGCUGUGUCCGCUACCACAAACAGCGUUGACAAGCCUCAGUGUCAAUCCUAGCGGUGCCCUCCCUGGAGAUACUCUCAACUCUGUGGUGGAUACCAGCUUUUGUAUGAACACUGUGGCUCUGAGCACCAAGGAGCCGAGCUCGACCUCUAUCGAGAUGAUGGGAGUUGGACCCCGAGGCGCAGGCAGCAGUGUCAGCGUUGGGGAAGGGGCCGCGGUGGGGAGCGCUGCCUCUCCAGCCGGGGGCGGUUCAGGCAGCCAGAGGCCGGUGCUGCAGUUCUUGACUAAACUGCGGCGCCAUGCUAGUCUGGAGGGAGCCAGUCCCUACUUCAAGAUCAAGAAAUGGAAGCUGGACAGCAGCCAGAGAGCCUCGAGUCUGGACACCAGAGGCUCUCCGAAGAGGAGGCAGUUCCAACGCCAGCGAGCCGCCAGCGAGAGCAUGGACCAGGACGACAACGAUGCUCACCACAUAGACCUCAUCCAGUACAUCGCCCGCACCCAGGACGUCGCCUACCGUCCCAGCCAGCCCACCACACGCCUCCUCUCGCCUCCUUCCACACCACCCCCCUCCCUCGGCAGGGUAGAGGUGGAGGUGAUGGUGGAGCCCAGCUGCAGCCAUGGAGGACCAGGGGUGAUUGGCUUGUCCCCUGAUCCUCAAGAGGAAGCACGAUCCAUGGCAAGAAGGGAAGGCGCCAACCCUUUGGACCCACUCGACCCCCAGGAUCCCCAGUCACUUUACAGAGACAUCUGGUCAUUACGUGCAACACUCGAACAGUACGCCGCCUCCGACCAGAGCAGCAACAACGACAGGAACUCAGUCUGCAGUGAUGCUGACAGUGUGUGUUCGCUGGGCGGACGCACCGAGACAGAAAGAGGAGGCCUCCCCAGCUACCCAUCCCAGGAUCUCGGGGAUGAGGCAGAGGGUGGAGAAGAUGACAAGGACUUCUUUGCGUACGUCGAUGAGAGGUUGGGAGGGAAGGAGUCAAUAAAGAGGAAACAGGGAAGCACAGAAUCAGAGCGAGGGGGCAGCGAUGGAGAAACAGGGACUCGCAAGUUGCUGCAGAUGGACAGCGGCUAUGCAUCAAUAGAAGCUCCAUGUCGAGGCCCUGAAGACCUGCGACUGUUUGGAAGCAGCAGCAUCAGCGGCAGCCCUAAAGACAGAACAGCCCACGAGAAAAGACACCAUUUCACCAACGCAGGGCGAACGGGUACAAUCGGUGAGAGUUUUGAGUCUCAUCUCUUUGAGGAGGAGCCUGAAGAGGAGUUGCUGUUGGGUGCCAGUGGGGGAGUUGCCGCUGAAGCGAGUGCUGGUUCACUGAGUUGGUUCCCAUACGGUCAGAUGCUGACUCCUCGAGAAGCUGUGCAGCCUCCACCUGCACCGCUAACCCUGCACCGGCGAGACUACAGCAUAGACGAAAAGACAGACGCGCUCUUCCAUGAGUUCCUCCGCCACGACCCUCAGUUUGACCAGCAGGAGUCACCGCUAAGAAAGCACCGUUCCCGAAUUCACCUCCGAAAACAGUGGCAGCGGCACAAACAGUGGAGCGACCCUGGCAUCCGACACUUCCAGUCCUCCUUUGAGAGACAGCGAACCCCUCUACGGAGGGGCGACAGCGUAAACUACCCCCUGGACACGAGCUAUCACAGCACACUGCCCCGCAUUGUCAGCGCUCCGGACGAGGAGACCAGCGACGGGACCGGCAGCACUCCAGACACCCCAAAGUUAGAACCCACAGAGGAUGUAGGGAAGGACAAGGAGCAGGAGGACCACACAUCUUCAUCUCCUCCAACUCUUCCUACAUCUGUCUCAGAAAAAGAUGGCGUUCUAGUUGAGCAACCCGACCCUCAGGAGGACAGCAAACAGUCCGGACACCCGCCCGAACCCCUGGACGAGCGCUCGCCCCCUCAGCUGCCCGACUCCUCAGGCUACGGCCCGCAAACCAUCACGGCAGAGAUAACGGACAAACUGACUGCUAACCUGGACGAGAGGCUGUACACGGGCCUUCGCAGGACCAAGGAAACAGCCACCGAGUGCGUGAUGGUGACGGCCACGCACGCCUCUCCGGACCACAGCCCAGUGUAGCAGGGCUCCAGUCGUCCUCCUCGUCAAACCUCGCUCCUCCUGCUGACACACACUGUUCUCUCUGUUUGGUCUGUCUCGCCUCAAUUUAAACAUCUCUCUGGUGUGUGACCACCACCCAUAAAGAAACCAUGCAAAAUAUGCUUUACAUCAGUUACACAGCUACUCCCAGAUAACCUCAGAUACAAUCGAUCCACCAUAAAUGCAUCCGGUCUCUCUCUGUAUUCAGUGUUAGCAUUACAGAAGCUGUUCAGUGUUGCCAUUUUACAAGCAAAAUACAAAUCAAAAUAACCGAUGAAACAAGCUAACAUAUCAAAAAUCAUGUUAUUUUAGUAAUAACGGCUUCCUCAUUGAUUGUUUCUGUGUCUGUGGUCUAUUUAUGUCUCUACUGCUGUCUUUCUUGUCUCCAGUAAGAAUAAGUGAAGCUGAAGGCUGGUGUGGCCUCUUUUCCUCCUUGAUCCACUGUGAAACCAGGUGCUAUUAGACAAGAAGAAAGCUACUGAACUAGACACAACAGUCACCUACAAGUCCUGUGAUCCUACAUAAUUGGAUAAUGUGUAGUUUUAUCAUAUUUGUGAUGGAAAAGAUAUCAGAACCACAUGAAGCAUCAUUUCCCUCGAUGUCAGCCUAUUUUUGGAUUGUCUAAACCUGAAAGUGCAUCCCAAAAAAUAGAAGAUGUAACUCGCGUCAAGCUAAUCAGACUGGUUGUUUUAGAUCAGUGGUUCCCAAAAUCUGGGUCAAGACCCCUGAAAGUGGUCGCCAAAUGGUAAAAAUGCCAGAAAAGUUCAACCCACUAUUUCUCCUUCUGAAACGGAAGAUGUCUUUUGAUUCAGCGUGUGACUGGCUACGGUGUUUGCUGUUUUUGGCUGAAAAAUGCUUCUCAGCUUUUGUGACAAAUAUCUUGUUUACUUUUUAUCAGUUUGUUCAAUGAGUAGUAAUAUAUUUUUGUACGUCUGCAUUGCUUAAAUGACAAUGAAAACUGACAGUGUGGCGGGUUUGAAGAGGACACGUCCUGCACCAACAGACAGAACUAUCAGACUAGAUUCCUGCACUUGGGUGUAGUUAGUCGCAGAUUUAUAACAGCAAUGUGCAAAUCCAUCAGCUAUGACUCUUAGUAUUUUGUGCAUCAACUGACUUGUGCACAGGUUUACAGCCAUGACGUGGGCAGUUACAUUAAAGCUUGUUAUACACGCUCGCUGCUCUCUGGCGAAUUUAUAAGAAAGGCAUGUUUUCUCGUGCACGGGACUCACAAGACAGGCUUUGUUUGUCCACAUAUGACAUUCUUGUUUCCCUCCUCCUCCUCUUCUCCUGAGAAAGUUACCACUGCAGCAGAUGCCUCCCUUGAGGCCUGAGGACUUCACUUCCUGCCAGCUUAUAAAACCAAACCGAACAAAGACCGUAUUUAUAUUUAACUCCACUUAACUUUAACCUUCAAUCACAUCGUCAGAUUACGUCCGGCAGGCAAAGAAUGCAAGCAAGGGGCAGAAUUAUUUAAUAAUAAUCCACUUUUACAUCCUCAGCAUCCGCAGCAGGUUGAUUGUAACCCAGUUUUGCUCAUGAAAUGUAUUUCUCCGAGGGGCUGCAGGGCUUUUUUUUCUCUCUGUCCUACGUGCAAUGAGGGGAUCACUGCAGAAGAUGGAGUUGAAUAUUAAUCAUAGGAGGAGAAGGGAAGUCCUCCUGGCAUCCUCUGUCUCCCCCUCACUUCCUCACGCUUUAAGGUUACAGUAAACGGAAAGCCAAGCAAAUAUUACCCUGCUUUCUUUGUUUGGGUGGAUGAUGAUGAUGCUGCCUAGAUUAGAUCUUUCUCCCGUGCACGACAGGAUUAUCCUCUUGUGGCUAAGUGGACUCCGAGGCAGCAGCAGCGUUGCUCAUUAGAGAAACAAUGACUGAGAUGAAAGGAGGCAUUCUCAAAUGAAGAGCAUAGAGCUGAGUGAUUUUUACUUUUUUUUUUAUUGCCCUUCCGUCUUUCUUUCAGGCAGUCCCCUCACACACUCACACACGCACUGAACCAUUAUGUCACCAUUAAGAGACACAACUCUCUGGCACAAUUUUGUUGAUGCUAAUUAGCAGGAAAGGAAUAAAAUAUCAGUCAUCCCCCACUCCCGGUUACAAUGGAAGUGAUGAUAAUUAAUCAGCAAAUUCUGGUGAAAGAGGAAGCGACAUUUAUCAAAAGCCAAAAUGUCUCAGAAAUGAGUCAGUAAGAGAGGAUGAGACUACAGCAACCACAGAGAAAAUAGCCAUGACUGAAUUCAAAGCAGUACAUUUGUACAAAUAUUCAAGUCUGCUGUGUAUACAAGCACAAGGUCACAAGAGCUAGACUAAAUUGAUGUCCUUUGUUACGUUUAGACAGAUGCUGUUUAACUGGGGACACUGUUGUAAAUGGUGUUUGUAUACUAACCAGUAGCCUGUCAAAUGCAUCGAUGCAUAGCCAUGUGUAGGUCUGCAUGAGAGUUAACAUUUUUAGUACAAAUCUUCAUGUUUUCUCAGACUUAUGGUACAAACUGAUCAAGUCCAUAGUUAAUGCUCAUUUGUUUAAAGGCAGAAGUCAAAACAUUGGUAUGACUAGAGAUUUUGUACUUAAGAGUCAUGCUAGGAUGCUGUAACUGACCAGAUUUUGUGAGAUUUAUCUCUUUGAAAGUAGAAGUAUUUCUGUAUUCCUUGCUUGUUAGUAUACUGCUUAAUUUCUCAACGGAAAAAAAAAAAGAUGAGCUUUCUUAACUUUGCUUUUGUUGAUCCAAAUCUAUUGAGCCUUGAGGGACCAAAUCAUUAAGAAAAAAGUGUUAUUUUAGGGUUGUUUUCCAAUCUGUGAAUAAAUGAAUGAAACAAAAA